UGUGUUGACCCAGAACAACAUAAACCUUCAUAGACGAGAAAAGCCACAUUUUUUGGCUUCAAUUUUGAUUUUCCUGAUCUGGGUCUCCUUCUUUAGUGACAGUUGCUGCAUUAAUUGCACUUUGAAUUUCAGUUUAUUUUGUUGAUCUGGAUCAUCUUUCUCUUCUGCAACAGAAGAGGUUUAUACUUUGUAGCGGGGAGAAAAGAUGAGCAUAAAGCUGAGUUUUUUGCUGUGUGUUUGGAUUUUGCUGUUGGGGUGUUGUUUGGGUAAGUUUGUGGUGGAGAAGAACAGUUUGAAACUCAGUUCUCCGGAAAAAUUGAAGGGUAAUUAUGAAUGUGCUAUUGGGAAUUUUGGGGUACCUAAGUAUGGAGGAACCAUGAUUGGCUCUGUGAUGUACCCAAAGGUGAAUCAGAAGGGAUGCAGUAACUUCAGUGAUGUUAGUGCUUCGUUUCAGUCCAAGCCAGGAGGCUUCCCCACCUUUCUUCUUGUUGAUCGUGGAGAUUGCUACUUCACUGUGAAGGCUUGGAAUGCACAGAAUGGUGGAGCAGCAGCUAUUCUUGUAGCUGAUGACAGGGCAGAAACAUUGAUCACCAUGGACACUCCUGAAGCAGGGAAUGCUUUAAAUGAUGAUUAUGUGGAAAAGAUUAGUAUUCCUUCUGCGCUUAUCAGCAAAUCCUUGGGGGAUAGCAUCAAGGAGGCUCUCUCUAAUGGGGAGACAGUUAACAUAAAUCUUGAUUGGAGAGAGGCUCUUCCGCAUCCUGACGAGAGAGUUGAGUAUGAGUUAUGGACAAAUAGCAAUGAUGAGUGCGGGCAAAAGUGUGACAGUCAAAUUAAUUUUCUGAAGGGUUUUAAAGGGGCAGCUCAGCUACUUGAGCAGAAAGGGUUCACUCAGUUUACCCCUCACUAUAUAACUUGGUUUUGCCCAGAAGCAUUCCUCUUAAGCAAACAGUGCAAGUCUCAGUGUAUAAACAAUGGAAGGUACUGUGCUCCAGAUCCUGAGCAAGAUUUCAGCAAAGGGUAUGAUGGCAAAGAUGUUGUUGUUCAAAACUUACGCCAAGCUUGCUUCUUUAAAGUGGCGAAUGAAAGUGGAAAACCUUGGCAAUGGUGGGACUAUGUAACUGACUUUGCAAUUCGUUGCCCCAUGGGAAGGAAUAAUUUCACAGAAGAAUGCUCAGAUCAAGUUAUUAGGUCUCUUGGUGUUGAUCUGAAGAAGAUCAAAGACUGUGUUGGGGAUCCUCAUGCAGAUGUUGAAAACCCUGUUCUUAAGGCUGAACAAGAUGCACAGAUUGGCAAAGGCUCUCGUGGUGAUGUUACUAUACUGCCUACUCUUGUUAUAAACAACAGACAGUAUAGAGGUAAGUUAUCAAGAGCAGCAGUUCUCAAGGCAAUAUGUGCAGGUUUUCAAGAGACCACUGAACCAUCUAUUUGCUUAACUCCAGACAUGGAAACAAAUGAGUGUUUGGAAAACAAUGGUGGUUGUUGGCAGGACAAAUCUUCUAACAUUACUGCAUGCAGGGACACUUUCCGAGGAAGAGUAUGUGAGUGCCCUAUUGUACAAAAUGUGAAGUUUUUUGGUGAUGGAUAUACCCACUGUGAAGCUUCAGGAGCCUUGAGGUGUGACAUCAAUAAUGGAGGUUGUUGGAAGGAAGCCCAAGGUGGCAGGGUUUACUCUGCUUGUCUUGAUGACUAUAGAAAAGGUUGUGAGUGUCCACCUGGGUUCAGAGGUGAUGGUGUCCAGUCAUGUGAAGAUAUUGAUGAGUGCAAAGAGAAAUCAGCCUGCCAGUGCCCUGAGUGCAAAUGCAAAAAUACCUGGGGGAGUUAUGAGUGCAGAUGCAGUAGUGGUUUGUUCUAUUCGCGAGAAAAUGACAUCUGUAUUGGUGAGGCUUUUUUUAGUAAAUAUACAGCUUCAGUGGCCAGCGUGGGUUUUAUUUGGAUGAUUAUUCUCGUAAUGGUCGCUGCUGCUGCUGGAGGAUAUGUAUUUUACAAGUACAGAAUCCAGAGAUAUAUGGAUUCGGAGAUACGGGCAAUUAUGGCCCAAUACAUGCCGUUGGAUAAUCAACCUGAGAUCUCUAAUCAAGUUCACCAUGAUAUCUAGAACUUCUUGCUAAUGUAUUCUUUUUUUUUUUUUCCCUCUUACACCUUUCUCUCCAAGCGGAUAAUUUUUAUUUUUUUGGUAUAUAGCUUUGUAAAUUUUAAACCAUAAGUAGUUGUGACAGUAUGCUCUGACUUCUGAGGUAAUAAAAGUAUCAUCU